AUGUGUGAGACGCCCAAGGACGCGAAUCCGAAGGUGCCACCAGACAGCGACUUCGAGCUCAGCGCGGUCGCGGUCCCCAUCCACUCAUCCCCGAGCUCAGCGCGCCCCCCAUCUGGCCAUCCCAGAGCUCAGUGUGGUCCCCAUCCGGUGGUGUGGCGUCCCCCAUCCGGUCAUCCCAGAUCACAGCCCAAGCCACAAAAACCAGCUGCUACCGAUGAUACAAGCAAGGAACCUAUUGAGAAAUCCUCUGUCCCACCGCCCAAGAAAAGGAUCGAUAUCAAUGAACCGAGGAUAUGUAAAAAUAAAGGAUGUGGUAAAUCCUAUAAGGAGAAGGAUAACCAUGAUUCUGCAUGUGACUACCAUCCAGGUCCUGCCGUUUUCCAUGACAGGAUGAGAGGGUGGAAAUGCUGUGAUGUUCAUGUCAAGGAGUUUGAUGAGUUUAUGGAGAUACCUCCGUGCACAAAGGGUUGGCAUAAUGCUGAUGCGGUGUGA